AUGCAUAGGCCCGAUUCAGAAUCCGAUUUAUAUUCGACAAAUGGACACUACGUGCUGGCUGAGGCCGACUUUGAUCUGGCGCUCUCGCUGAUGCCAACCCACUCGAAUGCUCGUAAUUACAUGGUGGAGACACUUGUGAAAUAUGCAUCGCUGUUGGAAGUACAAGGUGAUUUGGAAAACGCGAAAAGCAAAUUCGAGAAAGUUUUGCGGCUAAAGGAAGACAGACGAGCGAGAACAGCGCUAGCGAAGCUGGAUAGGAAGAAGAGAAGUCCCUCUGUGGAAAUAUUGGAGAAUGAUAAUGACAAGCCUGAGUCGAAAAACGCAAAGCGCAGCGAUGUCGAAGAGGAAAAGCGUAAACGUCGAAGCACUCAAGAAGCUGAGCGAGAACGAAAGCGGGAACGUAAUGAUCAUCAAGAAACUGCGAGAGAUGGAAGCAUUCAUCAAGGCUGUCUUGAUUUGGCGAUUCAGUCGCUUCUACUGAACCAUGGCCUCCUCCCGUGUCCACUGUCGUUAGUACCGGAAUCGCCACCUCCAGGCCUCGUGAAGACCCUGAAUGGACUUGAAAAAGUUGGCCGUCCAGUAACGGCUCUCAAGGGUCUGGAUUGUAACCGGUACUGCUACGGACUUGUGUAUGGUAAAGGAUCCGAACUGGGAUAA